AAGGAUUGUUAUUUUUCGCUGACGUUUCUUCUUUGAUUGCAGACAGUCCGAACAUUUUUACCAUUGCCAGCAGGGCGUAAUCAUUAUUAAACUUUCAGAACAAAUUGUUGUAUUACCGAAAUGGAGAAACCUUGCUCAGUUACUACCUCGGAACUCCUUGAAAAAUGGGGCUGUGAUUUAGAAACAUUGCAUAAACUUGGUCUCAAGUUCCUAAAGGAUAAAGAAGGGAAGGCUUUUCAUCUUGGCUAUGACCAGAAAUGCAAACUUCUAGCAUACACUCAACAAGUAUCUCAUGGUCCUUUUAACCCAGAUAUCCAUGGGAAUGUUGGGGUACUGGAUGUUGUUGGGAAAGAUAGAAAAAUUGCAUGGCAGAAACUUGGUGACAUGUGUCGAGAAACAGCAAUGCUAAAUUUUGUGGAAACUAUUAAUUCUGCCUGCCCAUUAUUUCAUGCAUGUGUUGAGGCUCACAAAAAAGAGAUUGAAAUGAAAGCAGAAAAAGUGAAAGAAGAUAUGGAAUUUCAAAUGAGAGAACAGGAAAGGCUGAAAAUUGAGGCUGAAGAAGAAGAAAAAAAACAAGCCCAAAUGAGAGAACAAGAAGAAAAACGCAAACAAAUCAAAGAAGCUCUUAAUUUACAAACCUAUGACCAAUUUAAAUCUUAUGCUGAGCAGCAAUAUCCAGAAAAUCCUGAUCAACAAGCCAUCCUUAUCCGGCAGUUACAAGAACAACAUUACAUUCAGUAUAUGCAGCAAAUAUACCAGCAGCAAAUCUUAUCUCAAAACUUAAAGGCAGAAGACAGUGAAUUCUCUCAGGAGUUGCCAUUAGAUGUUGAAGCUGCAGCAUUAAAUGCUUUGGCCAGUAUUCAGAACAUCCCUCUUGAACCAGACAACUUUUCUGAAGCUAGUGCUAAUGAUGAAGAAGAAUUCGUGGCGGAUAUUGUGGCAGCUUCCAUGUGGACACGCAAGGACAUACGAGAAUUCAAAGAUUCCGUAUACAAAGAAGGAAAGGAUUCUAUCAUCAAAGUCGGACAUGGUGAAACCGUCACGGUGCGAGUUCCAACACAUGAGGACGGCUCUUGCUUAUUUUGGGAGUUCGCAACGGACAAUUAUGAUAUUGGUUUUGGAUUGUUUUUCGAAUGGACUAAAUCUCCAACUGAGCAGGUGUCUGUUCAUAUAUCAGAUAGUGAAGAUGAAGACGACGAUGACGACGAAAAUGUGUUAGAAGACGAUGUCGAGCAAGGAGGAAAUAACUCAAGCCAUUCAGCUCUUAUUGAAUCCAAUAGGCCUCCGAUCUCAAUCGUCAUUCCUGUUUAUCGGCGUGAUUGUCAAGAAGAAGUGUACGCUGGCAGCCACACAUAUCCUGGUCAAGGAGUUUACCUUUUGAAAUUUGAUAACUCAUACAGUCUCUGGCGAUCCAAAACUUUAUAUUAUAGGGUAUACUAUACUCGUUGAACGAUUUCGAUAUUUGACAUCAUAAGUUUUCCCCUGCCAUCUUUGUCUGUUUAUAUACAACUUCAAUAGCUA